AUGGCCUUCGGCACUCUCCUUACGCUUUUCGUCGCCUGUUCUGCCGUCCUCGCUAGCCCUACCGCCGUCAAAGGCUUCGAUGACGACACUCUCGCGAAGGUCAAGACGAAUCUGCAGACGAUCGCCACCCACAGCUGGGAGAUCGGCACGGAAUUGGAGACCUUGACAGAGCUGGAGUGGCCAGAGCUAUCAGUGUUCCACGGCGCCAUCCCUCCCCCAGCCCAACUUGCCUCCUCCCACAUCGCGGCCGAUGUGAUCGCGAAAGCCACUGCGUCAGACAUCCUUUCAAUUAUUGUGAAUAACAUCAGCGACCCCACUGCUGUCGGGCCCCUCAUCGACGGUGAUGGUGCUGUCGGCGAUCCCGCUAGUAUCGGUGUGGCUGUGCUUCUUACGAACUGGACGCGCACCGAUCCCAGUGACGACAAGUUCGCCCUUGCGGCCCAGAAUCAGCUCGAGUACCUGCUGACUGUCGCACCCCGGACCGACGAUGGUGCCAUUUCCCAUCGUGAAAGCGAGGUUCAGCUCUGGGCCGACUUCGUCUACAUGGCGCCUCCGUUCAUCGCGUACUACGGCGCCAUCCAGGGCGGCGCCAAUGGGACCGCGCUUCUCUCCGAGGCUUACAACCAAUGCAAACUCUAUCGCCAAUACUUGCGCGAUGUAAGCGGUCUCUGGAAACAUAUCGUGCUUGGUUCGUCGCAGGACAACAACCACUGGGGAACCGGCAAUGCUUGGGCUGCCGCCGGCAUGCUUCGCGUCCUCGAGACCAUCGCUCGGUCCAACGAGGCCGACAAUUUCAGGACCGAGCAGGAGGAUCUCCUAGAUUGGAUCAACGAGAUCCUCACUGCUGCAUGGACAUACCAGCAUGUCAACGGAACGCUCUACAACUACAUCGAUCAGGACACCUCUUUCGCCGACAGCGCCUCCACUGCACUGCUCGGAGCCGUCUCGUUCCGCCUGGCCACGGUGAAUGAGAGGGGCCACGCGCACAUCCCAAACGCCUACCGUGCUCUUCAGGUCAUCAAGGCCAGCGUCAACGAGGGGGGUUGGCUCCUCAACACCGUCGACCCAGAGACGUUCGACACUCCGUCUCUCCCUGGCAGCUACAGCCCCGAGGGCCAGGCGUUCGUUCUGCUGUUGCACGCGGCUUGGCGUGACUUUGAGGAAUUCUCCAAGCCUAAGUAG